CGUCCUCCCGGUCUUGGGUUUGUCAGUCUUGCUUCAACUUGGGAAAGGAUAUGUGCGUUACGUUUACGUGGAAAGAUUGAGUGACCUUCGCAAAAACUUUUAUCGAAGACUUACCUUGUGUCCAUCGUGGUAGAAAGUGUACAUCAGACACUGCAUUGAGCCACAAGGCUUCGAGACAUGAAUGAAGCAUAGAAGCUGCAGAAGGAGAAUUGAAGCAAACAAGCGGUGUAUCUUCUGAAGGCUGAACAAGGAGUACAAGUGUGUGUCAUCAGGAUAAUGUACAGAUAGCCUCGUCCAUCAUGGGUCUCUUCACUACCACUAAGAAAUUCCGCGGCCAGAACUAUUCCAGAUUGAAAAAGGAGUGUCUCAACAGAGGAGAAAAGUUCAGUGAUCCCAAAUUCCCACCCCAUGACUCCACACUGUACUUCUCCAAGCAGCCUCCGGGCGUCAUCACCUGGAAGAGGCCCCAUGAAAUAGUGGACAAGCCUCAACUGUUCAUUGAAGGUGCUAGUGCCAGAGAUGUGACACAAGGGCAGCUUGGCAACUGUUGGUUUGUAGCAGCAUGUGCCACCCUUGCUGGGGUCAAGGAGCUCUGGCAUAAGGUCAUCCCAGACUACAAGGACCAGGAGUAUGGAGAGCUGCAUCCAGGCAUUUUCAACUUCCGCUUCUGGAGGUUUGGGGAGUGGGUGGAGGUUGUGAUAGAUGAUUUGCUGCCAACAAUUGAAGGAAAACUCAUCUUCACUCACUCCAAGGAGAGAGGGGAAUUCUGGUGUGCCUUAUUGGAGAAAGCUUAUGCCAAACUGUAUGGUUCUUAUGAAGCACUUGAGGGAGGAAAUCUCAGUGAUGCUCUAGUGGAUCUCACCUCUGGAGUGUCAGCCCACCUGGAUCUGACAAUUGGAGGUUAUGUGGAUGACUUUGAGAAGAGGAAACAGCUCUUCAAGAUGAUGUCAAAAGAAAUGAGUGAACACUCUCUGAUGUGUUGUGCCAUCACUACUGGAGAAACCUUCCCUCGGCCACACAGCCAUGAGGAGGCUGAAAUGAGGACAAAUGUUGGGUUGGUGAAGGGCCAUGCAUAUGGAGUCACUGCAUGCCGGAAAAUUAACAUAGGAGAUACUGGCCUUUUCUCCAUCUUUAAAGGUGCCCAGAAGGUGAGGAUGGUGCGCCUCAAGAAUCCCUGGGGAGAGCGAGAGUGGAAUGGAGCUUUCAGUGAUGGUACAGAGAGAAGUGGGUUUGUGUAUUCUACCUCGCAACUGACCAGAAUGUACUCCAGAUCACCUGAAUGGGCAAAAGUCUCAGCUUCAGAGAGGCAAAAGCUUGGCCUUACUUUUGAGGAUGAUGGUGAAUUCUGGAUGACAUUUGAAGAUUUCCUGGAGAAUUUCACAGAUCUUUCCAUCUGUUUCCUCAUCAACACAAAGUUUUUAAGCUUUAGUAAAACUUGGCAAGAGACAACUUUCUUCAAUUCUUGGACCAUUGGUGUGCGAGGUCAUAACACAGACAGGGCAGGUGGAUGUCCAAACCACAAAGAAACAUUUUUACGUAAUCCACAAUAUAGGUUUGAUGUCAGAGAAGAAACAGAUGAUGUUAUAUUUCAACUGAUGCAGAGAGAUGCAAGAGAACAUAAACAGGAAGGAAUGCAGAACCUUGUCAUAGGUUUCCAUAUAAUGAGGGUUGAAGAAAACAGAAAAUACAGAGUCCAUCGGAUUCAUGAUGCAGUUGCCACCUCAGACUACAUCCGCACUCGAUCAAUCUUCCUACGAGAACAGCUGAAGCAGGGUCGCUAUGUCAUAAUUCCCACAACUUUCAAGCCUGAUGAGACAGGGGACUUUCUUAUGAGAAUAUUCACCUCAAAAGAUCCUGAUGCCAAGGAACUAGUCCUAGACCAACCCAAAAAUCCCUGGUACUCUUGCUUCAAGAAGGCAGUCAUGGUCACCACAAUUACAGUAAAGUGUGCCAAUAAUUUAGAAAAGCAAACUGCAUUUGGAGGUGAAGCUGAUGCUUACUGUAUCAUAAAGUGUGAGGGAGAGACAGUUCGCACCCCAGUUGAAAAGGGAACAUCAAACCCGAAAUGGAACACAACAGCUAUCUUCUACCGAUCCAAGCCUGAACAGCCCAUUGUGAUUGAGAUCUGGAACAGCAACAUGCUGGUUGAUGGUUUCAUUGGUCGGGCUGAGGUGACUGCACCCAUCAACCCAUCCCAUACCCAGGUCCAACUUUCGCUUUAUGGGAGACGCAAAGAGAAAACUGUAGAAAAACAAGGACAGCUUUUAGUGCAAGUGUAUAGUGAUGAUGAUCUGACCAGCAUCUAACUUCCCAUUUAGAUUUAAUCAAACUAAGUGAUAGCAUUGCAAUUUCAUUUACUUUGAUGUGAUUUCUCUUCAACUUGAGUAAUAAGUUUGUGAAAGAGAUAUUUUAUAAUUUUAAUGUAAUAGGCUAAUAUCUAAAUCAAAGCACAUCAGAUACAACUGAUUGCUUCUGAACUGUUAACUGAUAUUUCUGUGAAAUUUGGAGCUUUGAUUGCAAUCAUUAUCCAAAUCUAAACUUCCUGGCUUUGUGCUGCCAACUGGUACAGAUUGCUGAGAGGAAGUGGUAAAUGGUUUUAGGUGUAUUCAUCAACAUGACUAUUGUCUGAUAAAAUCACAUAUUUUUUUUACAGUAUUUGCAUACUUAAGAACAUGUGCAAGAUGUGAAUGGAUGUGUAAAGGUAUGAUGCCUGAGAUAAAAAAAAAUGUUUGCUAUCUUCAGGAAUUUCCUUGUACAUAUGUGAAAAAGAAUAUAUUCUCAUUUAGGAUGGACACACACACACACACACACACACACACACACACACACACACACACACACACACACACACACACACACACACACACACACACACACACACACACA